CAGACUCCCAUUGCUAAGAAGUGGUGGAUGAUCUGACAGCAUCAAAUUCAAGUUUGUCCUCCCGACCAGCUGACUCACAUCGGUACUGAUAUAUCCUGCCAGAAAAUCCAACUGCAGACGAUCGAUUUCAGAAAAAGCAACCUUGCUCUGAGUGUGGCUCCUUCACAGUCAUUUUUAUCAAGACACGUCACUGUCAGAGGCCAUGACUUCCUGCUGGAGCAAUCACCUUCAAAACCCUUUGACAUGAAACAUCUAAAAUGGGGGCAAGACCAGCUACGGUUCUCUAACUAUCAAGAAAACCCCUUCUCGUUCAACUUCUUUUCCACUUGGAAUUGGUCCACUUGCCCCUAACCUGCACCCCUUCCAGUUUUGAAUUUGACCUGCUCCUCUCUACAGUUAUUCAGUCAGUCCACCGAGGCAACAUCAAACACUCCUAAAUCGAACCAUGGCUAGCAGACUAUGUUUGCCCUUCCUGUCUCCUUCGCUGCUUCUUUUUGUCCUCCUUCCUGCAUUGUUGCUCCUCCACCUGCCUGGAACUGUGAAAGGGGACUGUUGGCUGAUAGAAGGGGAUAAAGGUUAUGUUUGGUUGGCUAUCUGCAGUCAGAACCAGCCUCCAUACGAGACCAUUCCCCAGCACAUCAACAGCACGGUUCAUGACCUAAGGCUGAAUGAGAACAAACUCAAGGCAGUGCUCUUUACCUCCAUGUACCGCUUUACAAACCUAACUGAUCUCAAUCUAACCAAGAAUGAGAUAAGCUACAUUGAAGAUGGAGCCUUUGCUGGACAGGSAAACCUACAGGUUUUGCAACUAGGCUACAACAAACUGACCAACUUGACUGAGGGCAUGUUAAGAGGUCUGGGCCGAAUGCAGUGCCUGUUUUUGCAACACAACCUCAUCGAGGUCAUUGCCACCAAUGCCUUCUGGGAGUGCCCCAGUCUUAGCAGCCUGGAUUUGUCUUCAAAUAAGUUGGCUCGUCUUGAUCCUUCUACCUUCACUGUCCUCAACAGGCUGAUGGUUUGUGAACUUGCAGGAAACCCUUUCCACUGUGGCUGUGAGCUCUACAGCUUUUUGACUUGGCUAGAGGAGUUUAAUAAUGUCACGCAUACCUAUGACCGACUCCAGUGUGAAACUCCUCCAGAAAUGAUGGGAUACCCACUCCUAAGCCCAGUGCCUGGACAUGGGAGAAAUGCUCGUCACAUUCUUUUGACUGUCUGCCGCGACGGUGUGAUUAUUCCAGGAAUGACCCCGCAGAUACCAGAUCCAGAUGGCUCAGGGAUGGGUUUGGACCCAGAUCUCAGUUUGUACCCCCAGCCAACCAUCACAUCUACAGCUGAUCCCAACUAUAGCAGUCAGAUUUCUAUGAAGCUUGAAACAGUCUCCCUUUAUACUGCUUUUAUAAUUGUACAAAUUCCAAAUCCCUACAGUAAGAUGUAUGUCCUCUCUCAGUAUAAUGACACUGUUUCUACAGAUAUCCAGCCAAUUAAAAACAAAAGGGAAGAAAUCAAAUUGGAGAAACUGAAACCACACACAAACUACACUUUUUGUGUGGUUUCUGUCAGUAAAUCUCAGCGUUACAACCAUACCUGUUUGUUUUUUACUACACGGGCUACAGGGCCAGAGGAUCACCGUGCCAAUCCAUCCACAACUACCCACUACAUUAUGACUAUCCUAGGAUGUCUUUUUGGAAUGGUCAUUGUGCUUGGAUUUGUCUACUACUGCCUCAGACGACGACGCAUACAGGAGGAGAAAGAAAAAACUAUCUGUGUGAAGAAAACAAUUCUGGAAAUGAGAUAUGGCCCAGAAGUUGCUGCAGCUGUGGCCAACGACCCAAGUGCCAUGCAGCGUCUCCAAGAGCAAGCUCAUCACCAGCACCACCACUCAGGAGGAGCUGGAGGAAAGCUUCCACCAUCUGCCUCUUCUAGCACAGGAAUGCUCCAUGGAUCAGCCAACACCAGUUCUUCCCGCCUCUCUACUUUACCCCAGGUAGAAAAAAUGGCCAGCGCUUUUUCUGAAGCAAUGGGAAGCAAAAGCAAUUAUAUGGAUGUUAGGACAACAGGAGUGAUGGUGGAAGGUAGAGAUGGAGUAGUGACUACUGCAGGACUCGGAGUAGGAGGUGAAGUAGUUGUUGAUAUGCGAGGUGGAGCUGAAAAUGGGACAGAGGCUGGGGAGGAUUCGGAUGAUGACGGCCAUGGCUCAGCAUCAGAGAUCUCCACAAUUGCCAAGGAGGUCGACAAGGUGAACCAGAUCAUCAACAAUUGCAUUGAUGCUCUUAAGAUGGAUGCUUCAUCUAACGUUGGGCCCACAUCUGACAGUGGCAACUCUGUGUCCUCCUCCCAACCACCUUGCAUGACAUCUAUUCCUCGCAGCCUACUGCCCCUGUCUCCUGGCCACCCUGGUGACCAAAUCAUGGCUUCUUCUCCAAAAGUGCAUCCAAAAUCUCAGGCACACCCUCAACCUCAUCCUCAACCACAACCUCAGUCCCAUCCUCAGCCUCACCCACAGCUACAUCAGCAGCCUCAUCCUCCAUCAAUGGCCCCAGUGCCCUUGGUCAUGCCCCUGUCUGAGCGGCCUGGCAUCAGUGGAGGUGGGUUUCUCACACCCCCUUACCGUGACCCACCCCCAGCUAAUGCAGUGCGGCCCCUUCAGAGGCAGCUGAGUGCUGACACUGCUGUGAAAAACCGCUGUGGUAYUCCUGCUGCAGGACCUGUCAAGAAUUCAAAGGUGUACAGCAUGGAUGUCCCUGAGCAACGCAAUGAUCCACCCAAGUACCCAACAGAAAAGAGCAGUCCUGCUGGUUGUGGUGGUGGAGGUGGAAGUGGAGGCACUGGUGGAGCAGGAGGCUGCAGUGGGAAUGUGAAGGGAAACCUAAAUGGUGGUGGAGUAAGUUUGAAUGGGGGUGGAAUGGGGUGUAAUAAUGGAAAUGGUGGUUGUGGGGUGGUUGGCCUAGGACAGCAGCAGCAUCACCUAGAGGUUCAACCAGACUACCACAGYUCAGAGCACAGGCACUCCUUUCCUGCACUCUACUAUGAGGGUGUAAAUGACUUGCCUUCACCAGCUCAAAAGGCCUCAUUCCUCAAACCACUUGGGCGCAGCAAGAGGGAUGCCACAGUCACCUAUUCCCAGCUCUCUCCUUCUCGUCACCACAGCUACAACUCUGGCUACUCCUCCAGUCCGGAGUACUCUUCUGAGAGCACACUGCGCAUCUGGGAGAGAUUCCGACCAUACAAGAAAAAUCCCCGUGAGGAAGCAUCUUAUAUAGCAGCAGGCCAUGCAUUGCGUAAGAAGGUGCAGUUUGCCAAGGAUGAGGAUCUUCAUGAUAUUUUGGACUACUGGAAAGGUAUUUCUGCCCAGCAAAAGUUGUAAGCUGGAAAAUCAAAACUUAAUGCCAUUUAGACGAUUGUGGGAUAAACACCAAUGCCAGACUAGUGACGAGGAUAGGUACUGUUGUCCAAAACAGAUAAUGAAGUUUCUGAAGUGGUGUCUAGUGACAUGGAUCAUUCCGGCAAUGGCUCCAGUGGUAAUGUGACGUUCUGUCUUGAUGAAUAGUUAGAAAAUGAUUCACUGAAAAUCCAUUGACAUUGUACAUGCUUGUUCUUGAUGUUCUUUUGUUAUGAUAACAUCAUUCAACCCUUUUUCAUGACUAGCUUCAUAUUGGGCACUUUGGUUCUCACAGCUCCAUAUGCUUCUUGAAUUCCUCCUAAUUACAGAGUUAAGGUGAUGACAAGUGUCUUCUACCUYAUUACUGAAACAUUGUAGCUCAACUGUCUCAGUAGAAACAGCACUAAUAAUGACUUAAGACCCRUCCAUCUUUUUUUACUAAUUCCAUCAAAUCACCAUUUUGAAAACAAUAAUUCAAAUUCACCGUUUCCACCUACUCUGAUAAAGAGGUACCAUUUAGGGUGAUAAUGAGGAAGCAGGAUGAAGAUUUAUUUGCAUUUGUUUUAGAAUGUCCGUCAUUGGAGACAGCAUUAAAUGAUACUUAUCAGGUUAAUUGUUCUCCCUGGCAAUUAGCCAAUGUAAGAGAAGGUCAGGGACACCAUUUGUUGUGCAUGAUUAUUGAUGUGAAACACUCAACUGCAUAUGUUUAGUAGUGUGUGCAUAUACAGAUUGUGCAUGCUASUGUGAAUGAUUACAUGUGGGUGGGAGAGUGGAGUUGUGGCUGAGUCAUUCAUUAUCCCCAGGCUUUGCUAUAAGGCCAGAGAGUAUAGCUAAUAGAUAUGGUAGGUAAUAAUCCAGUUGGGGAUGUGUGUUUGCGUGUGGAUAUGUGUGAAUGAAUGAAGGAUUUGCUCAUACCACCUAUCUAGAUGCCAUGAAGUAAAUAUUUUCAAAACCUUCAGGCAUUUUUGACCCGUAGCUUAUUUCCUAUUUACAGGUGUAGCAUAUUUCUUCUGAUAAGAAAAGUUAUGAAUUCAAAAAUUUACAUUUCAAUAAUGUGAGUCAUGCAGAAAUUACUUUUAAGAUGGGUUAUGCAGGCUAGAAAAGCAGUUGUAAGCUGCUAUACUAAAGAACCUAGUAAUCAUAUUUAGGAGCAGAGCCAGUCUGAAAGCAGGUUAGAGGUUUCCUGUAAACUUGCCAGUGUUAAGGAGACGAGACAAGGUUCAGUGGAUUUUUGGCUGUAGAUGUAYCAGCUCAAGGCAAUGUUCUCUGCACUGCACAGUGAGACAGAGUGAAUGGUACGAAAAGUGAAGUAUCUAGGGAUACAUUCKGCCUCAAACUUUAUGACUCAGCACUCACUCUUUAUAUGACCCUGUUCUGGUCUGGGGGAAGGCUCGUAACUUGCUAUGGACCAAAGUGCCCUUGGGAGCUGAUUUAGGCAAUGUUUGUUAUGUAAGCACUUGUUUUCCUCUGUGGUUAAUAUCUGGUUGUUAGAUAAACAAAGCACCAAUUAUUAUAAUACCUAUUAUUUUUAUUAUUAUUAUGUUCUGCUGUUUGUGUUGCUGUUAUUGCUUGAAAAAAAGGAGCAAGGCUUGGUUACUGUUGUGAACCAAUGAAGAAAGAACUUUGACAUUGCAGAGGUUUCUGGGAAAAAAUAUAAUAUAUUCAUAAUUAAAUAAUUCCAGUUUAUCUAUAUUUAUUGAAUCCACAGACACUUAAUCUAUACAAAUACUAUUCCAUCAGGAACAUCAAAUACACAUACAGUAUAACAAAUCAAAUAUAAAUUGUAUAUGAUCAUUGUUUUAGUACUGAGGUCCUGCUUUAGUGAAAAUAAUUAGAUUUGCAAAUUACUUCAAUUAUUUUUGUGAUCUUUUUCCUUAAUUACUACCUCAAUCCAACUUAAAGUAAAUUACUGACAGCACGCAAAGGUUGAAGUUGUUCAAUUGUUUGUUUGAGGUUAAACUGACAUGGUGAUAUGAAUAAUUUCAACAGACUGGGAGCCCUAACUGUAAWUAAUAUCAGCAAUAUUUGUUUUUUAACCUUACCUUCUUUGUCAGAUGCUAAUUCAUUUUCCAUUAUGUCACUUUUAUAUUUUGUUUCUUUUUGUCUGYAUUAGGGAGGCAGAAAUAAUCUUCAGAUAAAGUAUUGAAAAACUGAGAGAAUUACCAUCACUGUAUUACUUCAUUUGAGCUUGAGUAUGAGGGAGUUUAUWUGACUAGAAUAUUGAGUCAAUCUAACCCAUUGGUACCCAUUUAGACACACACCAUUUUAAAGUUUGAGUUUCAUGAAGAAAACUAUUCAAAAAGUAUUAUGUAUUCACUACUUUUGUUAUUGURUYUGAUUAAAAUUUAARAUGAAGCCUYRUUCAUAAGACGGCUCAGUCWGGGACUGACGCAUGUUCUGUUUUCCUUCGAGCAUUUAGAAAAAACAUGAAGGCAGAAAGGYGMGUAAAAUGAGCCUGCAUGUCUCUGAUGCCCCUCUGAGYCUCCAAGCAAGGUAGUAUCAAAGCCAGGCCCAAGACRGUUUGACUGACUUGUGAAAAAGCAACCCACRGUUCCACACUUAGAAAAUGAYAAUAAACUGAUGACAUCAGU